AAGAGGAAGCUCAAAAAUCUAGCUCUAGCAUUGACAAAGAUUUACAAGAAUUGACCAGCAAGCCAGAGAUGGAGGGUUGGGAGCGCAGUGCCAUCUCUGGUCUGACGGAUUUUCAACAGCUCAGUGUUGAAAUGCAAUUGCUUGAAAGGAAGAUUCAAGAUGCACGUCUUGAAUCCUCAGCUUUCAAGAUGAGGGAUCGAACGUCUGUCGCAGUAGGAGAUGACAGGUGCAUCGAUGAAGUCUAUGUCAUUCAUCACCACAAAUCAAACUUCAGUAAGGAUGUCGCUGUAGAUACCAAACUUGAGACUCAGUCAGUGGCUGUCGGUGUCACUGAGACUAUGCUCGGCAUGGUAUCCGACAGGGAAGCAGAAACCGAGUUGCAGCAGCAAACCAUCCAACAUUUAAGUGACCAGGUUCAGAUACUGGAGGCAGAGCUUAAAGAAGCAAUGCUCAAGGGAGAAAUGGGUAGGCUGAGGAGUGAACUGCGGGAAGCAGAAGCGAGAAACCGUGCCGACAAAAGUUCCUCUGCACACCCGCAGGUAAACUGCGCUGCCACCCAGACUGAGUCGCAAACUCGCACUCUUGGGGUUGGAAACCACACCAACCUUGUGCAUUCAGCUGUUGGAGGAGGACUAGAACAGAUUUCCAUUGAUGUUGGAAUUUCCUGCAAACCUGAGAUGAAGGUUGCAUCAUCUGGCACAGAUACACCUAUGGAAGAGUGGGAGGUGUGCAAAAGAGUAGAGCAAAAAGAUCAGUGUGUCGGAAGCAAGAGUGUGUCAACACACAGUCAAGGUGUUGGGACGACAGUGUGUGUGUGUGAUGCUGCCACAAUUACCUCGGAGACAUUGGAGAACAAAAGGAGCAUUUCCUGCCAAACAGUGGGCUGUGGUGACUGCACAGUCGACAUGGAUGUCAGAUCUGUCAAAUCAUUAAUUUCCCAAGGAACUGUCACUGACCCAGUUCGAAGUGUUGACUUGGGUGUAAUGGCAAUCCCCCAGACCAUGUCUCAGCGUACCAGCACAGCCUUUUGCACCGUCUCACGCAGCACCAGCACUUUGCAAGCCUGUAUCUCUGAAGCCAGCACCAACACAAAGCACACACUGACCAGGGAAAGACAUACCAACACAGCACAUGCAGUGACCCGAACUCUGGCGGUUGGAGAUGGGAAGAUUUGCGACCGAGUGGCUGCUGUUCAGAUGCGCUCUGUUGGAACCACUGCAUGUUUAGAUAGAGGCAAAAGCACCCCUGCUGUUCCUAGUGUUAUGACACGUGACGUGGGCAUUGGAAUGGCAAAUAUCAAUGAGAAUAUCCUCAUCGGACUUCAUACACGCAAUAUUGCAUGUGGUCCAUCUUGCCUGCCAGAUCCGGUCAAGACGCGUAGCAUUGGCGUAGAAGUGGGAGACGGGAGAAUACGCGACUCAGAGGGCCAAAUGUUUGUGCAGUCUGAGCCUGGACUUGACCAUUAUAUAGAUCGCAUGCAAUUACUUAAAGAACAACAGGACCUAUUAACUGACAGUCACCCUGGGGCAAAACAUGAAGUCAUUCUGCAGUCCUAUAGUGUUUUAGAUAAACAAGUUGGAGUCCCAGGCAUUGCACAAAAACAGACAUCAAAUGAAACUUCAAAAGUUAAAGAAAAGAAUCUAAUGGAGUUGCAGAUGUCUGCUGCUCUUCAUGGCUCACCCAGUGAUGAUCAUUGUCUCAGGUCCAUCAUGAAAAGGAGAUGCACCAAUCUGAAGUUCAUGGAUAGUAUGAACCCUAAGUCUGCCUCACAUAGAGGUACUGUGGACUUCCUGUCUGAGGGUGGUGAUUCUGAGAAUGAAGAGCAGAAAAGAAGAGAAAAGAGGGAGAAAGAGGGGAGUGCCAAAGAUAAAGGGAAGAUUCCCAAGAAAAAAGAAAGGUAUACAUUUAGUGAGAAGAUGGUUUCUGCCUGCCAAACUCUGGAGGUUCACCUCAAUGGCAGCAAGGUUAUAGCCAACAGAGAACUGCGUUCCUGUCUGAGCACAGUGCAGCAGGAGUGGUUCUGUGUGUCCAGUCAGAAGAGGGCAUACCCACAGAUCGUGGAGGACUUUCUCUUCGCUUGUCGCCAUGUCUCGCCUGAUGUCCUGUGCUAUGUGGCCAACAUGGCUGAUCAAAAUGGCAACACAGCCCUCCACUACAGUGUGUCACACUCUAAUUUCAGCAUAGUAAAGAUUCUGCUUGCUGCAGGAAUAUGUAAUGUUGAUUAUCAGAAUAAGGCCGGUUAUACUCCCAUAAUGCUUGCCUCCCUGGCUGCCGUGGAAACGAAAGACGACAUGAUGGUGGUGCAAGAACUCUUCAGCAGAGGAGAUGUUAAUGCAAAGGCCAGCCAGGCUGGUCAGACGGCUCUCAUGCUAGCAGUCAGUCAUGGGCGUAUAGAUAUGGUCAGGGCUCUGCUGGCUGCUGGAGCAGAGGUCAACAUCCAGGAUGAUGAGGGGUCAACUGCUCUAAUGUGUGCUGGUGAACACGGCCAUGCUGACAUUGUCAAACUCUUACUGGCCCAGCCAGGCUGUGAUGCCACACUGACUGACAAUGACGAGAGCACUGCUCUGUCUAUUUCUCUGGAAGCUGGACACAAAGAUAUUGCUAUGCUUCUCUAUGCCCAUGUCAACUACUCAAAAGGCCAAAUGAGGGGUUCCCCUCGAAGCAAGACUCCACCUGUUGCACGCAUAAGCUCUUCUGAUUGAUAUGACAUUUUCCCAUGCUCUCUUCAUCCAUUCAGACAUCCCCUCUGAACGACCUGUUCAAUCAUAUGACUGAGAUGAAUAUGACAGGAUAUGUUUUUAACAGGUGUAAUAUUAAAGACAGCAGUAUUUUCAAAAGUGCAGUCACGGUUGGUAUAACAAGCUACAUCACUUAUUUUCUUCUUUACUGACAGUUAGGUUUUCCAGAUAUAAAAAUGACAUUAAUAAAGACCUACUAUAAUAGGAAACUGUUAUAAUAUAUAUAACCAAAAUUUAUAUAUUAAUUUUAGGUGAUGUAUAAAUUUGUAUGCAUUUUAAGAUUAUAUACAUUAUUUUCACAUUUUAAAAGCUUGAAUUAGUUUCUUGUAAUAUAUAUUUUACCAAGUAGGCUAUACACUAUUCACUUCCAAAAUUUGAAAUCUAGAUUUUAAGAACUCUUAAUAAAAAGAAUGAAUUGUAAAGGUCAUGUUCAUAUAUAAGUAAAUAAAUAUGUGAUUACAUCA